UCGUAAAAUGAAUUUACAAACAAAAAAAAUAUCAAAUAAGUGGACCACUUCUUCCGGUUUGAUAAAAAGUUAUACAAACAUUAAAAAAAUAUUAUAUCAGCUAGUUUUCUAAAAAAUGAGGCUUAGUUUUAUCAAAACCCGCAUGGAGUAACUUGUACAGAAAUAUAUCAUCAUAUAGUUCAUUUCAAGUUUUAAUCCAAACACUUAUUCAUUAUUUCAUCAAAAGGUAUAUAGAAAUACGUACAUACGUGUCUUACCCUCAAAUAGUAGGUACUAAUAUCAUAAAUUAUAUAAAGUCAGCUAUAAAAACGUGUCAUGGAUUAACACAACAAUAUUAAAAUAAAAAAAAAACGUUAAAAAACGAAAUAGAAAAUAUGGAAACUUGAUGACUGCACCACAGCGUCGUGAUCGUGAUCGAUGAAAUAAUAAUGCCGGCAUGCAACAUUUCCCCUCUGAUAGUUUCCCCCAAACAAUACCUUAAACCCAUGGGUACCCGCAUCAUUUGAAUUCAGAUUUUUGUUUAGAGAGCCUCGAAGCACUCGCGGUUCGGCUGUCAACGUGUUCGGAUCGCUGAAUAUUCGCUGGCGGACACAGCAUUUCCAUUAAUUAAAUUCGCGAAAAAUUUUAGCAAGGAAUACCCCUAAGACCCCUUCGUUUGGCCCAGCCCAAGGUUGGCUGUGGGACAGUUUUAUUUAUAAAAACAUUGGGUUGAGAUAUACUAUUUAAAAUAAACAAAAAUGUGCGACAGCAAGUGUUCGAUAAAUCUAAAUAAGUCAAGACCUUCGUUGACCUUUUGAAGCCGAGAGCUUAAAUGUCAUGGCAGAAAAAAGGCUACUGCUGGAGCGGGCAGACUCCCCAGAAGCGGAGAAGCUGGAAGUGCACAUGACCAGAAGGAAGUCUAUCCUGCAGGUUAUUCAGCACCGACAUCUGUCCGCUAGCUGCCGGGUUUUUGCACUCCGACGGAAAUCGGUACUCGCAUUAGUGGUGGCUUUUGUCUUUUUCUACUUCCUCAUUGGAAGACCCGACUGGGUGAAUGUCCUGGACUUGGAUGCCCUGCAUGCGGACAACUUCCUCCCCGUUCAUCAUCAGUCCACAGCCGUAGAUGUAACCCACCAUAAUGAGAGUAUUCAAUUUAUCCCGGAAGGCUUCCUCGUAUAUAGCAAUUCCUGCCGCAUCCAGGAAGUGGAUCCCUACAAGCCGGAGGUGAUGCGUCACUUUAAGAGGAUGAAAUAUACGCCCUGCCAGAAGCUGCCACCGUUGACCCAAGUAAAGUUCGACGAAAAAUCCCAAAAGUACAACCUACGCAUCGACGGCGAGGCUUCCACGAAAUAUCCUAAGGGCCAUCAGCUGCACUGCUGCUAUAUGGUGGUGGAGCGGAUCAAUGAGUCGGAGGUCAACUACACAAAAUGUCAUGUUUUCAAGGGAAGCACCGAACUACCCAAUUCCGCAGAGGGCAUCAUCGUAAAGUGCACUUCCAACAACGUGCAAAUUUACAUCAACGGUCAUGCCACCGUUCCCGUCAAGGAGGCGGUCCAGCAGAGACUCCAAGCAGCAUCCGAGAAGGAUACGCAGGAGAACGUAGUGGAUACGGGAAAGGAAGAUGCUAAGACUCGGCCACUCAGUGUCCUGAUGCUUGGAAUCGAUAGCAUUUCCCGAGUGAAUCUCAUACGGGCCAUGCCCAAAACAGCCCAAUAUCUGUAUGACAAUGACUGGUUCGAGCUGGCAGGAUACAACAAGGUGGAUGACAAUACAUUCCCCAACAUCAUGGCCGUGACCACCGGCUACAAUCUGGGCAACGCCCAUAAGGCCUGUUCCCCUCUGAAGGUUGGCGGCUUGGACAAGUGCAGAUUCAUCUGGAAACUGUAUCAGGAACAUGGCUAUGUAACAGCCUACGCGGAGGAUGCGGUGAAGAUCAAUACCUUUAACUAUCUGAAGAAGGGUUUCGUGCAUCCGCCGACGGAUUACUACCUUCGUCCGUACCUCACCGCCGCCGAAAAGCUCCUGGACCGCACCGUCGUCAUGGGGUUGCCCCACUGCCUGGGCUACGAAACGGCCGCGGAGCAUGUGUACGACUAUGCGAUGGAGUUCACCAGGAGGUACCUCAACGACACCUACUUCGGGUUCUUCUGGACCAACACACACUCUCAUAGCGACAUAUCGCAGACAAGCAGCAUGGAUGACUACAUGGUAGAGUUUCUGCAGAAAUUGGUGCUCCAGGGCACAAUGGAAAACAGUAUUGUAGUGUUCUUCAGUGAUCAUGGUCUGCGGUUUGGCCCAACCAGAGUCACCUGGUCGGGUCACUUAGAGGAGAGGCUGCCGGCGAUAUUCUUUUGGUUGCCGGAACACCUGAGGAAAUCCCAUCCGGAGUUUGUCCAGGCACUGCAGGUGAAUAAGAAUCGCUUGACCACUCCAUACGAUCUCCAUCUGACCAUAAAGCAUAUACUCUCUCUAUCCGGUCGAGUGGACUAUGAGUCUCUGGGCCCAGCGCCCGACUGUCCCCAGUGCCAGACUCUACUCCGACCUGUACCGCUCCAGAGGAGUUGCUCCGAUGUCAGCAUUGCGGAUCAUUGGUGCACCUGUUGGGCGUACGAAAGCGUAUCCAGUAGCUCUCAAGAAAUCCGCAAGCUGGGCAAGCGUGUGGUAACAUACCUGAACACUUUUGUAGCUGAGUUCCGGAACGGGACAUACGCCAAACUCUGUGUACCACUUUCUCUACACAAAAUCCGCUCGGCAUUUCGGGCACAUCCCAAUGCCCUCGAUCCGGAGGAUGUGAAAACCUAUCGACUGAUAUUUGUCACAUUACCGAAUAAUGGGUGGUAUGAGGCUACGGUCCGACAUAAUCGGACGGAUGAAUCUGUUGUUGUUACGGGCUCUGUGAGCCGAUUAAAUGUUUAUAGUGGCGAGUCCGAGUGCAUGAAGGACUUUGCUGCUAAAAAAUAUUGCUACUGCCGGCAAAAAAAGGGUUAGGAAUAAGAUUAGACUUUAAGGCUAGUGCCCAAGUGCCGUUAAUCAGGUUCCAAUCUGGCAAUUAUAUUGUAUAUAUCUUUAAACAUAUAUUUAUAAACAUAUUUAUAUAUAAACAUAUAUAUAUAUAUCUCAUUUUGCCCGAAACUUUAAGGUGUGCUUUCUGAACUUCUUAAACUUAUAUCCCAAUGUGAUAUAGAUUUAUAUUUUUACAUACAUUGUUUGUCAGUUAAAAAAAAAAAAUAUGUGUAAACAGCAAAUAAUA